AGCAAACUCGAAGAGUCGCUGCAAAACCAAUGCGUUAUUUGCGAUCCAAAAGGUAUUACAAGUGCUAAAUAUGCUGUAUAUAUAAAAGUGAGAAAUAUUUAACGUAUAACUUCUAUACAACUGAAUAACUGCUAUACAUGUAUAUUCUGGCAUUGCAUUGGUGUCAACAACUAGUGUGAUGUCAUAUACGCCCUGUGAGUGAAACUCAGCCCAGACUUCGACAUUACAGACACAUAUCCAGCCAUCAUAUGAAUUAGUUGAUCCCAAACACAGACACACAUAUCCGACAAUCCAAAUGGCGUACAGUCUUCGCCGCAGACAUAUCUAAUUGCUAACUCAUGAAUGGCUAAUACCAUGGCCUCCAUCGGCGGUGCAAUGGAUGGUCAGUCAUCGACGCCAGGGCUCACAGUCAUUGAACUGAUGGGCAAUAAAAAUGCAAACGAAUCCAUUUUACCGCCGAUGAUCACCUCUAACUACUACGAUGAGAGCGGUUCCUGGAUGUUCUCCAGUCGUGAUAUACCUAUACUGAUCGGUGCGGCCGCAGGUGCAAUCGGUUUGAUACUAAUAUUUCUGGCGGCGGCUCUCAUAUGGCAUUGCUGUCAGUUCGCACUCCAACGAGAAAAGAGUAGUUAUAGUAAGUAUUGCAUCCAUCCAUCCAUUGUCUUCUUAAGGGAUGAGUCCAACGGUUAUAUAAACACUAAUCUAAUGACAGGUUUGGAGAGCGACAGUGAGAAGAAUAGCGUGACAUCACCGCGCGGAUCAAAUAACCACUUUUACAUUAAUAAUCCAAUCGACUCGACACUAAUGAGCGACGAGAAGUGUGUCCCUCGCGACACAUCCGACCAGAACCUUAAGAGAUCGCUAUCGGCGCCCAUUCAUAGGGAUAACUGUGCGCUAAAGAGUAAUACUCAAACGUCAGUCACUAAAUCAGCUCACGAGAGGCCAUCUCAUGGACGGCAGUUGAACGCAUCGGCGGUCGAUAUUGAAGACACGAUUGAUGACAACGCGGACUCUGUCUCCAUAGGCGUCGAAUUGGAUAACAAAAAUGAGAUCAAUUCUCAAAGAAGUCAUAUGUAUGCGACAAAUCAUCAUCAUUUAAGCGGUGAUAUGAGUGCAUUAAAGUCAAAGAGUCUGCCUUGGAGUCAGUCCAACAAACGUAGAACUGUUACCAUCGACGACGAAAACGACGAAUUGGCGGCUAAGAUAAAUUUCAGUAAAAAGCGUAAGAAUCGGAUGCGAAACGAUAGCGCGGCUGCCAUUGCCAUGAAUAGAAGUGGCGGAACCGAUACCAAGGCUAAGACACUGUAUUCGCAUAAAGACACGGACACUCUUGUGGACAAUGAAGCCAUAGUUGUUUAUGACGAGAGGACUGCCUUAUAGGAGUGAAAACCACUGCUAAAUCUCAUUCCCCACUAAUUUAUUAGUCGUAAAUAUAAAACUUACAAAACAAUUAUAUUUUUAUUUUUUAAUUUAAUUAUUUUAUAGAAUGAAAAAAAUAACAUAAUUUUUAUUAUAUUACAAACAAAGAGAAGAGAUAUAAUAUAAAUUUAUAUAUCAUAUAUAAAUGCAUAUAUAAUUUGUUAUAAUUGUAGUGAAAAGUAACUAAUUUUUAUCAAUGUUUUACCACAGAAUUCAUAGAAAAUUCAUUUGUUUUGUGUCGAGAAUAGGUUUAUAUAAUAUACACCUUUAUAUGUUAGUGAAUGUAUGUAUCGAUGUGUAGCGCACCUGACAAACAGAUGAUCAGUACUAUUGAGAGUUGAUUGUAAUCAACCAAAAAACAAGCAAUCAUUUAAUUAUGAACGAAGGUUUCAACUCAUUUUAUUUUACUCGCAAUUACUUUUAACUAACGAUUCAUGUGUUUUGAUAUACAGUAUAAUUCUGAGAAUUGAUUUCGUUUACACCUUUUGACAUAUAAUUAUUAUACAAAACUAUAUACAAACUAAUACUAAUCUACGAAACAAACCCCUUCUCUCAGUCGGCAAAAACAAUCAAAUCAUUUAUUAUAUGACCAAAUAUUCUGAUAUUUCUCUCAAUUAUUCAUACAAAUUGAGAGAUAAAUUCUGUGCCCUUUUUGUGCAAUUUCUAAUUCAAUGAUAUUAUAAUAUAUGACACUAUGAUCUGUAAACUGUUUAUCAAAUACCAGAAUAUAUAGAGUAAAUCUGAAUUUCAAGAAUUAUUCACAAGAGUUUUUCACUAUUUCUGAUUGUAAUCACAAAAUGUAUUACAAAAAGCAAACAAACAAUUCUAACUAUACUAACAAUUCUAACAAUUUAUUAAUUGUGCUCUCAUUCUAAACACAAAGAC